AUGAAGUUUGCACACGACUUCAAGGAAACGCUUAGGCGCCAAGACUUUCCGCCCCACUGGAUUGAUCAGGCCAUCCCUUAUGGCCAGCUAAAGAAGGUUCUCAAACGCGUCGCCAGGGAACUCAACGAUCUGGGGCUUGAUCCCGAGACUCUACGCCAACUUCUCGACCCGGCUAAUGAUUCGCCACUGGCCGCCAAAUACCGCCUCAAUGCUGCCGGGAACUCAAAGUUACUGAGACCAAAGCUGACUGUUUUGGUGCACAUGCGCGACGGUAAUGCCGUUGAUGCAUCACUAACGCCUGCAUCCCGUUCCCUCAUGGAACGCAUCGCCGCCUUGCAGUCCCACGAUCCAGCUCAACCGAUCCCGGCUGCAGCUCCCGAAGACAACGUACCAACCAAGUCGCCAGCCUCGUCUGCUGAGUCUCUUGCUAAUGCUGAGACUGAGUUGUCAGACACCCAGAGAUGUCUACAGGUCGAAGGCCAGUCAUCGCCAACAGAGCACUAUGAGCGUAUCGAAGUUCCACUUGUCUUUGAUAGUGAGUUCUUUGACAUUCUGCAGAGCGAUGUCAACAACCUGGAUGCACUUCAGGCAAAGGAAGAAAAGGCCAUGGUGACGGAGAUCGUUGCCUUGAGACAGGAGAUUUCACAUCUGACGAAACCCAGUCGCCUCUCCAAGAGCGACCUUGCGAGGUGGCGAGCCAUUUUCGAGCUGUACCUCGACGCCCAGGUCUUCUUCUCAACCAACGAGCAAGACCACGGGUCCAGAACCAGUCAGACGGCUGCGAAGCAGCUCCAGUGGUUCCAAGAGGAAAUCACAAAGAGGAAUCUCGUCAAAUCCUUCAAGAUUGCCGAGAGUCGCGAAGCCUUGGUUCGCUUCUUAAGUCUUAACGCCGUUCUCCUCAAAAACUUGCAGUUCCAGGAAAUCAACCAGGUUGCCAUCUACAAAAUUCUUAAGAAAUUCGACAAACGUACCUGCCUAGGUGUUUCGAAAUCCUUUCCAAUUCAAGUCCACUCCGACAAGCUGCUGGCCGACUCCGUGGCGAAAGACAUUUGCGCCCAAAUGUCCACCGAUUUAGUGUCAGUCGUACCGCAGAUUAGUGAUUAUUUGUGUCCAAUCUGCUUCGCUAUUGCCUAUAGGCCUGUCCGGCUAGCCUGCCAACAUAUAUUUUGCAUCCGGUGCAUUGUCAAGAUCCAAAGGCGGAACGAGAAGCACUGCCCUUUGUGUAGAGCAGACACCGUCAUGAGGGCGUCCGCGGAUAAUCUGGAUAUCCAACUAGAGAGAUACAUGCGCAAGUACUUCCCCAAGGAGGCCAAGGAGAAGCAGCGAGCCAACGAGAUUGAACGAGGCAUUGAGGACUAUGGUCCUGAGUACGUGCACUCUGAAUGCUCUGUUAUGUAG